ACCUCAUCCAUCCCUCCCUUUCAAUCCCUCGAGGCGAACGCAGUCACCAUGUCGGCCGAUCCGAAGCAGAUGUGGGAGAACCUGCAAAAGAACCUGCAGCGCGCGCAGCAAGCAGGCGGGAGAUUCGGCGGUGGAGGUGCUGGAGGUCCUGGCCCAAGAGGAGCACUCACAGGUAUCGGCGGAUUCCUACUACUUGGUGGCGGAUUCUGGUUCUUCAACAAUGCGCUUUUCAACGUCGAGGGUGGUCACAGAGCGAUCAAGUACACAAGAAUUGGAGGUGUCGGAAAGGAAAUCUACAGCGAAGGAACACACAUCAAGAUCCCCUGGUUCGAGACACCCGUCGACUACGACGUGCGCGCGAAACCGCGCAACGUCGCCUCCCUCACCGGUACGAAGGAUCUGCAGAUGGUUAAUAUCACCUGCCGUGUCCUGUCCCGUCCACGGAUAGACGCCCUCCCUCAGAUCUACCGAACUCUUGGAACCGACUACGACGAGCGCGUGCUUCCCAGCAUCGUGAACGAGGUGCUGAAGAGCGUCGUCGCACAGUUCAACGCCAGUCAACUCAUCACACAGCGUGAGAAUGUCUCGAGGUUGGUUAGGGAUAACCUGGUGAGACGCGCAGCGAGGUUUAACAUCAUGCUGGACGACGUCUCUCUUACUCACCUCGCCUUCUCUCCCGAAUUCACCGCCGCAGUCGAAGCCAAGCAAGUCGCACAGCAGGAAGCUCAGCGAGCAGCAUUCGUCGUCGACAAGGCCCGCCAGGAGAAGCAAGCAACAGUCGUCCGCGCACAGGGUGAAGCCCGCUCAGCCGAGCUCAUUGGUGACGCCAUCAAGAAGUCCCGCUCUUAUGUCGAUCUCCGCGAAUUCGAGAACGCCCGCAACAUCGCCGCAAUCCUCGAGAAGAGCACAAACAAGGUCUACCUGGACACCGACGGUCUGGGCUUGAACGUCACACAGACACAUCGCGAGAAGGAGGAGGGCAGGAAUCGGAAGUAG